AAAGCGCCCCAAAAGGAGCGUUGCUUUUACUCUCUCUCCACCUUAUAUAAACAACCAAUCUUCCUGUCUCCUCCACCUUCAAUUCUCACACCACCACCACCACUCUCCCUCUCUAAAACCAAUUUUUUUAAUUAUGGUCAAGAUAGGUCUGAAACCCGAACCGGUUAACAAUAAUGCCAUGGAGAUUCGUUACAGAGGCGUUAGGAAGCGUCCUUGGGGUCGUUAUGCCGCCGAGAUCCGAGACCCGGGCAAGAAAACCCGUGUCUGGCUUGGAACAUUCGAUACAGCCGAAGAUGCGGCGCGUGCUUACGACAAGGCGGCGCGUGACUUCCGUGGUGCGAAGGCCAAGACGAAUUUCCCGAAUUUUCUCGAGCUGAGCGGCGAGAAGGUUCCCGUCGUCGGCGGUUUCGAGCGUAGCCCGAGCCAAAGCAGCACCCUCGAUUGCGGAUCACCCCCGGCGGCCGUUACGCCAGCAGUCGCAGGGAUUGUUCCGCCGCAUCUUGAGCUUAGCCUUGGCGGAAACGGCGGCGCGUGUUACCAGAUCCCGGUGGCGCGUCCCAUGUAUUUUUUGGACCUUAUGGGAAUAGGAAACGGUGGUCGUGCUGCUCAGCCUCCGCCGGUGGUGCAUGCUGCGACGAGGAUGGCUUGUGUGGGCCAGAGCGACUCUGAUUCGUCUACGGUCGUAGAUUUCGAAGGUGGGAUAGAGAAGAGAGCUCUGCCGUUAGUUCUAGACCUAAACUUUCCUCCUCCGUCGGAACAGGCCUGAGAUGUUGGCUGUGUGGUUUCAUCUCGAACUCUCAUGCGUUUUUUUUUUGUUUUGGAGCUGAGAGAGCUCGUUUACUUUUUCAUAGUUUUUUCUUCUCUCACACUCUAAAAUAAAUAUUGUCGGUUUUUAGAUCGAGAUAGAACAAAAAUAUAAUGAUAGCUGACAUGGAUCGUUAUGUACAUUACCGGAGAUCUGAACUUUUGUUGUGUGUUUUUUUAUAUAUUUUUUGCGACUUGGUUUCACCAUGUUGUUCCUAUGUAACUUCUUUUUUUUUGUUCUUCCAAAUUUCAAAUAAUAUUUUGGUAAUUUCAGAA